AUGUUUGCUCAAGAGUCCUACCUCUCCGAUGCCCGAUACGGGUACGACUUUGUCGUCUCGACGGCGCAGGAGAGCAUCAACGCGAGCCUCAAGCAGUUUCUCAACCAAGGGAAUCAUAAGCCCCUCAGCCUGUGCUUUCUGGCGGACGAGGCGGGCCGACCCAGCGUGCAAAAGUCUCUUGACGAGGUUCUCAGGCUCACGCAGGGCGUAAACCCUUUCGACAUUCCGGCUGGGACCCCGUCCGACGACUCACGGGUCAAGGCCCUCAGCGAGGCGCGCUUCCAAGUCGGACUCCAGAUCCAGCUCGGUCUACCGUCGCAGGUUGAUAUCAAGAGUCUGCCCCCGGUCGUUGGGCUGCAAACGGGGGCUCGCCGGGUCCAGUUUAACUUGUUGUGCUCGCAGCUCACAGUCAUCCAGAACACCUCGCCGGCUGGUUCUGCGUCGACGGGCUGCUGGGACGUUUGGAGCCAGCCGAAAACCGAGGCAUGGUACUUUACAACAAUGGUGGACCUGGUGAUGGCCGACCUGGACAAGGAACUCGACACGCCCUACUUCAACAACCACCCGGCCAUCAAGGCCCAGUUGAAGCGGCAGCUGCAGAACAUGGGCCAAUCAGCCUUUAGCCUGCGGCAGCUGUUCUUCGAUCUGGACAAUGCGGCGCUGCAAGCCACGCCCGACAUCAAGGGGCUGCCCCGAGGUUCUAAGGCGGCCAGCGUACUGCGGGACACCUUUGUCUCUGUCUACAGCGCGGCGGCCAGAGAAAAAGGACUGCCGCUGCUGGGCGUCACAGUCGUCCCCGAUGGCGCGGAUCCUUCGCCGUUGCAGCUGACGGCUUCCGAGCACCAAGUGUCUCUCUUCAAGGGCAUCGACGGCCUCGAAGUCAGGAAUCCGACCCGGCAACAGCAAGACGCCGCCACUCUGGACUACCUGUGCGCCACCAGCCAUAACAAACUGCCGCCUGCUACUGCCUUUACCUGGAACUGGGUACCUCUCGAGGACCUCGCGUCGCAGAGCGGUACCAUUGCCAUCAACCGCAACGCCAUUGCCCGCUUCUUGAUACCGUCUCUCGUGACCGCGGCCAAGAUGUCCUGCUUCAAAUUCAAGUGUUAUGUCACAGCCCAUGUUGAAAUCAUUGAGUAUGACCUGACAUACAAGGGCCUCCAGAAUCCAGAUAAUGUCACUGUGACGUCCAAGGGCCCGGACGUGAUCCACAUCGACUAUAAGAGUGAAGACGAAACCCACGAUUGGUGCUUCCUCAACUACGGCAGCCUACGAGUCAAGUCAACUUACGCGUGCGAUGUCACCUUUUCGGGCACGACAAUCACGCUUAAGCAGCAUGUUGCUUUCCACGCCUAUGCCCAAGUUGAAUUCUUAAGCAUAGACGGCAGCAACCUCGUCGACAAAACCGUCACCACCGAGUACGCCAUCUCAGUUGACCAGGCAGGAGGCCUGCGGAUGAAACACUUGGACACGAAAGUCAAGGAUAACUCCAAGAGUAUCGACGACAACUUUUGGCUGCGACAAGUGCGCUUGACGGCACUCCUUGAGCACUUGAAGUUCAAGGGUAUCCACGUGGUCGAUAAUGCUGUAAAUGAGGCAACCCUCAACAGCAUCCCCAAAUUCAUAUUUCCUGGCUCCAGGGUUUUUGCGUAUAAGUCGGCCGAGUUUUCCAAGAACCAGGAUCUUGUAUGUGCCAUCACCUAUGUGGAUCCCCGGGGAAUGACGGCCGGGAACCAGGCCCCGUUGCCGGAGCAGUCGGCAGGGACCACGGAGACGGCGUCGACGGAUCUUGCCCUCCCUACCACUGGCUCGUGCCUUGGCCUGAUGCACCAGUCGGAGCUGAUGCAAAACUACCUGGCCGGCGAAGUCGUGUCCCCCACAGGCAAGUUUGCGGCGCUGCAGACGGCCGAUGGGCUCGGCAUGCUCUUUGCCCUAUCCACAUCGGGAGCCCUUGAAGUCAUGACAGAAGUGAGCGGGAGGCAGCGCACCGGCUGGCAGGUCAGUGAUUUGUCGAAGGCCCUAGUCGCGGAGCAACUGCCGGGUCGCAAGGCUACCGUGUCUACCUUUGAUGUCAGGCAGAGCGCCAUCAACGGCACCAUCAGCCUCGCAAUGGCCGUCUCGGUCGAGGGCAGCGACAGGCUCUUCAUCUCGCUCAACAACGAUGGUCGAGACACGUCGUGGAUGUCGUGCCCGGAAUGGGUCCAUGUCCCCUUUGACGCUGCUGGCCCCCCGCCGGCGGCCGUUGGCGUUGCUGGCGCCCUGUUCGCUGAGACGUCGGACCGCAAGGAGCUGCUUAUAGUCGACAUUGACCGCGCAGGGAGCGAAGCGACUACCAAGCACAUCGUCCGCUACCGCAUCGACCUGGCCAAGGCGAGCGGACAUUUCUGGGUCAAGCAGGACGUGCCCGUCGACAUCGAGCACGGCACCUACCAGAGCUGCAUCGGCCGUAGCGCCCAGACCCGCGUCGACGGCGUCUACACGGCGGGCAGUACGGCCGGGGCGGCUCAGCUCGUCUACGUGCCCAUAGUCAACGUGUUUGGCGAUGGACCGCCGCCGCCGGUCCGACUGGCCCUGCCCGAGGACGCUCCGGCGUCUGCCAUCGCAGCGGCCCGCCAAGGCGACAAGUCCAGCCCCCACCUGGCCUCGACGGACUUGUACGCUGUCAGCGGGUCGACGCUGUUCCGCUUCGCCGCCGCCGAGCAGCACGAUGGAGCUCGCGGGGCGCCUCUCGUGAGCGACGGCUGCCUGUCUCUGACGGACACGCUGCAUGCCAUGACGCACGGCGGCGUCACGACCGUCUGGGGCAAGAAUGGCAGCGGCCAGGUCUACUAUCUCUCGUGUACCGCCGGGCAGGAAGCCGUGCCCGGCGCCUGGAGCCAUCCCGUGCCCAUCCUGACGGACAUGGAGCGCAUCUCGGCCUACGUCAACUGCGUCGACGGCGGAAACACAAUCUUUGCCUCGGGCGGUGGCAAACUCGUCCGGCUGACACAGGCAACCGACACCGAGGCCCAGCUCUGGCGACCGCACGCGAUUGUCGUUGACUCCGGGCGGGGGCUGCCCGCAUUGCCCCUGAAGUCAUACACAACCACUCUUCACGUCAUCAACUCAGCAGCCCAAGACAUGCCCGUGGCCGACACCCCCGUGUCCAUUGCCGCAGAGUCUCGCACACCGGUGUACAUCAACGGCAUCUACUAUGUGCUAGGCCAGAAGCCAAUCAGCAUCAGAACGGACCACGCCGGCUCGCUCACGGUUAUCGAGGCCACCGACGGCUUGCAUGCUGCAACUCUGACCGUCUCAAUUCCCAACGGCCUCGAGACCCAUGUCAUCGACCCCAAGGCCGUCCCCUUUGAGAAGAUUGCCGCCCUCGACUCGGCCGACCGUCUCCGCAACGCCGACUUCCCUGCCACGACGAUAGCCGGGGGCGUCUCAGGUCACGUCGAACGCCGGCCCCUCGUCCAGCCCUCCACGCCCGAGGAGAGCCUCGAUGCCGUCGCCGCCGGCAUGGUGAACUUGCACCAGAUCUACUCCAAGGUUCGGCUGCCGGCCGCGACGACCACCCUGUUACCGCUCCGGGAUCGGGGCUGCGGCCCGCACGUCGUCCCGCGCAGUUUGUAUGGCAUUGGCCACGGCGACCCUGUCUCGGACAUAGCUAUUUCGAUCGGAAACCUUUUCCGUUGGCUCAGAUCGGGGGUCGAGGCAUUGGUCGAGAUCAUCAAGGACGCACUUACUGACGCGUGGCACUUUAUCGCCAAGAUCGCCGGCAAGGUCUAUCGGGCGGUCCUCAACACCGUCGACGCUGUUGUUGGGGCUGUUGAAUGGGUCUUCCAUGCCAUCAAGACGAACAUUGCCGAUCUCGUCCGCUUCGCCGAGUUCUUGUUCGAGUGGGAUGAUAUCCGUCGAACAAAGGACGUGCUCCACAACAUUGUCAAGCUAUUUCUCGGCCAUCAAAUCCAGACUGGACUCGAAACGGCAAAGACCUGUUUCGACCACACCAUCUCAGAAGCUGAGAAGGCAAUAAACAACUGGGCCAACAUUGCCGACUGGCCGUCCCUUGGUCCCGCCGCCUCCUUACCCGCAAAAUCUAGUGCCUCGAGCCCGGCAAAGGGGCAAACACCGGCUUCGCUGCUGCUUUCCAACCACUUUGGCACUCAUGUCCGGGAGCUGACCAUUGUUACGGAGCCUCCUGCGGUCGACCACAUGCAGGUUGGGCACCUCAUUGACGUCCUUCUGGCUGCUCUCUCAAGGGAAGGCCAGGUUCUCUCCAAUGUCUACCUCCGACUGAAGGAACUAGCCGAGGUAUUUCAUACCAUGACAGUUGCCGAGGCUGUUAAGGCAUUCGCCGCCACCUUGGCCGACGGCCUCUUGUCGAGCGUGCAGGUCGUUUUUGAUGCCCUCGUCGAUGCCCUUCGCUCGCUCGUAGGCUCUGCCGUCGAGCUGCUGGAUACCAAAAUUCAUAUCCCCGUCAUAUCGGACCUUCUCAAUCUCCUAGGUGUUCCCGAUGUCUCGAUCCUUGAUCUCUUCGCGUGGAUUUCUGCCGUUAGUUAUACGGUUGUAUACAAGGCAGUUUGUAAACAGGCUCCCUUCGCCAACACAGCCAAGGUGAGGAAGCUGAUAUCGGCUGUAACAUGGGAUGAGCUUACUGCCGUCAUUGACGGCAACUCUGGGCGCCAACUGGCCCUCAGCGAGCAAGUCGACGAGGAAACCGAGGACCAUCAAGAACUUGUCGAGAACAUAAAGAAGGCGAUCUUCACCACGUGCCAUUGCGUUGCAGGGACUAUUUUAAUCACAGGCAACUUUCUCAGCGUGCUCGAGGCCGAAGCGAUAACGGGCGACAACCCAUUCGGAAUCCCAGCUGCUGUCGCCAACAUCACUGCGGCCACUCUACAGGGCGCCGCCAACUUUCUCGUGCCCGUAUGUCCCAUUAAAAACCAAGUAUUUGUGGAUUUGUCGAGAGCGACCCUUGUGGCCUCACUGGCCGUCACAAUCAUCUUCUGCGGACCUGUGCAAAAGAGACUGGCCGUUACGGAGAGCAGCUUUAAAGGGCUCGCCGUUGGGGAUGGGCGGGCUACAGGGUCCAUCUUCGACGCAAUUCUCGUCAUCCCCGCCCUUGUCACCACGAGCUGGCACUUUCACGAGCUGAGCCACGAAAAGGGUAGUGGUGAAAGGUCGGCAGCGAUUGUUGGCGAGGUCUACAAUCUGGCGACAUAUGUAUCCAGGCUCUCGUACACUGCGGCCGUGAACCUGGACCCAGCUGACAAGCAGAUACCUCUUGGGGUUCUUGCGGUCAGCAACUUGACCAGGAGUGGAUUGCAGAUUGCCGAGGGUUUGAUCGAGAUUUGA